UUGAGUUUCUUCAUUGUUCUUGUUUCCUCAAGUUAUUUGCUUAAAGCCACCAUCCUGCACUGUGGUAAUUAUAUUCUUCCAAAGCUAGAGUUAAAAUCUCUCACAAACAUUUCUCUCCAGUCAGUUUGGUGCCAAGGUUACUUGGGAAACUUGAAUAGAUACAGGGCACUGAAGUCCCACAGUUGUGUGCAACAACAAAGCUUAGUUUGUUACCAGUUUCAAGGGAACACUGCCAAGGAUUUCUGGACUAUUUAACUCACUGUAUUUUGAAAUUGUACUAAUCAGGAAGACUUAUAUAUCCAAUCUAGAAGAGCAACACCAUGGAAACAAGAAUGAUUCCUGAUCAAUCUAAAGACAAUCCACCUUUCCUGGACAGAAGUAUUGGGCCACUUCCUGUCAAGAGAAUGUACCCUCAUUUUUCCAAAUUAAAGAUAUUUCUUGGGGCACUAGCAUUCUCCUUUUUUGCCAAAGGAUUUUCUGGAAGCUACAUGAAGAGUAUGUCAACUCAAAUUGAAAGGAGAUUUGAAAUUUCAUCGUCAGUUGUUGGCAUCAUUGAUGGCAGCUUUGAGAUAGGUAACUUAAUGGUGAUGAUACUGGUGAGCUACCUUGGAUCAAAGGUUCACCGGCCCAAAGUAAUUGCUGCUGGAUGUCUCAUCAUGUCAUUUGGAACAUUUUUAUCAGUGAUGCCUCAUUUCCUAAUGGGACGUUAUAAUUAUGAAAGAAUACAACUUACAGAGGAGAACUCUUCUACAAGUUUAUCAGCAUGCUCUCUAGUAUUACCUUUACAUCGUCCAACUUUAGAUGCUGUGGAAAUGACUAGAGAGUUGAAAAAUUCUGGAUGUGAAAAAGUAGCAAGCUCCUAUCUGUGGAUCUUUGUACUGAUGGGAAACCUUUUAUGUGGAAUUGGUGAAGCGCCUAUUAUGCCACUGGGGAUGUCAUAUGUUGAUGAUUUUUCCAAAGAAGAAAACUCAGCAUUUUACAUAGGUACCAUAAGAUCAUGUGGAAUGGUUGGGCCAACACUUGGAUUUCUGCUCGGAUCUUUCUGUGCUAAUCUGUGGGUAGACGUUGGAAUGGUAGAUCUUGAGAGUUUAACCAUAAAUCCUAAGGAUACUCGUUGGGUUGGCGCUUGGUGGCUUGGAUUGGUGAUAUGUGGAGCAGUCAGUUUUCUGGCUUCAUUGCCUUUCUGGUUCCUUCCUUAUUCCUUACCAAAAGAAGGAGAUGAAAAAAAUUUGAAUAAGCUGAGUGAAUCAUCUGUAACUAUUCAAGAAGAUCACUGUAAAAUAGAAUCCCCAAGUCAACCACAGUUAAAAUUCUCAGAAGCAGUAAAAGAUUUCCUACCAACUUUGAAGAAACUUCUUGGGAACCCAGUCUUUCUGGUGUACUUGCUCCUCACUAUUCUGCAGUAUAAUUCUAUGGUUGGGUUGAUAACUUUUGAGACAAAAUUUAUGGAACAGCAAUUUAACGUAUCCGUGUCAAGAGCCAUCUUUCUAAUUGGUGUGAUACUUUUACCCAUUACAAUUCUGGGGAUGUUUCUGGGAGGCUUUAUCAUUAAAAAGUUCAAGUUACACAUAACUGGAAUGGCAAAAUUUGGAUGUGCCACCUUCAUAGCUGCAUACCUGUUAAACCUCUUGUACUUCACAUGUGAUUGUGAGGUGCUCCAGGUGGCUGGUUUAACAGUCUCCUACUCUGGAGUAAAACAAUCUUCCUUCCCAAAAAACAACUUAAUUGCCAGCUGCAAUUCUGACUGCAGCUGUGUAUUGAAUCAAUGGGACCCUGUAUGUGGGGACAAUGGAAUCACUUAUAUGACCGCAUGCUUUGCUGGCUGUAAAUCAUCGAUUGGGACUGGAAAGAAUAUGGUGUUUCACAACUGCAGCUGUGUGCAAGUUGAAGGGCUUGAGAGUGGCAAUUCCUCUGCAGUUCUGGGACAGUGCCAAAGAGAAAGCUGUACUAAAACAUUUCCCUAUUUUUUGGCAUUACUGAGCACAUGUGCGCUUAUUUUAGCUUUAGGUGGCACUCCUACAUACAUGAUUAUGUUUAGAUCUGUUUCACCAGAUUUGAAAUCAUUUGCUGUUGGUAUUGAUGCUUUGUGUGGAAGAAUACUAGGUGGACUUCCAGCUCCUAUUUAUUUUGGAGCUUUAAUAGAUCAGACCUGCUUGAAAUGGGGAACAAAGAGAUGUGGAGGAUCAGGGUCUUGCAGAGUGUAUGACACGAAAGCAUUCAGAAAUGUCUAUCUUGGACUCAUUGCAGGACUGAGGGCAGGAUGUUGUUUCUUAUAUAUAACACUCUUCAUUUUAAUAAUAAAACGAUUCCGACCAGCGAGCAAUGAGCUGAUAGAUUUGAAAAGUACAGAAGUAUCAUCCAGGAAGGGAUCAACUAGUGUCAGUAAAAAUGAAACUUUUCCUUGUGCAAAAGCUUUGGCGGCAAAUGAAGAAACAUGUCUGUGAAAAGGACACAGGCAUUUUCUAACUCUGAAUGCUCAUGUGAAGGUUUUACAAGUACAGCGUAGGGCCAAAUACUGACAUCUACAGCUUUUUUGGAAUUGUGAUGAAAAAUUGUCAAGUUUUAACCCCUCACCUACUUCCUAAAAAGCAGGAA